AUCGACGUGGCUUGGCUCCGAGACCGCUGUGGUUGCCCGCAUUGCGUCAGUCCUUCCUCGGGUAACAAGUCCUUCUCCACCGCCGAAAUUCCAAGCGGCAUUGCCUUUGAGAGCGCAAAGGAGAUGCCAGAUGGCUCCCAUGAGAUCCGCUGGACAAACGACAUCCCGCGAGCUGCCGACGUUGGCCACGUUUCCGUCUUUCCCGCCACCGGCCCCCAGAGUCUUGCGGGGUUGUUGAUCGAACGGCCAGUCCUUUUCUUCCAUCAUGCCAGCGUGAAAAAGGCCGAGAGAUAUAUGUGGAAGAGGGAAACUCUUCUUGAUAAGCUUGAGAGGAUCGACUAUAAAGACUACAUGGAAGGAGGCCCGGCUUUCAGGUCAACUGCCCUCUCGCUCGCCAAGAUUGGGCUCGUUUUCCUCACCAAUGUGCCCCAGACCGAAAAGGCAGUAGCUGAGAUAGCUCUGAAAUUCGGUGCCGUCAAGGAGACAUUUUAUGGCCACACCUGGGACGUCAUUUCUAAACCCGAUGCUGAAAACGUCGCCUAUACCUCCUCUUACCUGGGCUUGCACUCGGACAUGCUCUAUCUCGAGUCGCCGCCUCGCAUCCAGCUCCUCCAUUGCUUGGAGAACUCAUGCUCGGGGGGUGAGUCCAUCUUCAGCGACGCCCUACACGCCGCCACCUGGCUCGAAAGAUUCCACCCCGAGUCCUACGAUGCAUUGACUAAAUACCUGGUUCCCUACCACUACGCCAAGAAUGGUUUCUUCUACCGCCAAGCGAGACCCGUCAUCGCCGACGAACAUGGAAGAGACCGCGAGGUCUGGUGGUCCCCGCCCUUCCAGGCACCUCUCCCAGGUACGCCCGAUAAAUCAAGCUCUGAAGCUUGGCAAGCCUGGAUCAAGGGAGCGCGGAUGUUCCAAGAAACCCUGGAGCGAGAAGACAACAUGUACCAGCACAGGCUCCAACCGGGCGAGUGCGUGCUGUUUGACAACCGGCGCGUUCUCCACGGUCGCCGAGCUUUCGACACGGCAAGCGGGCGCCGCUGGCUCAAGGGCACAUAUGUCGCCGAUGAGGAUUUCAAAAGU